CGGCGAAGCGUUGAGGUACGUUACUGAACGUUGUUUCAUCUUUUAAUUUAUUGGAGUCGUAUACAGCAUUAUGGGUGACAGUGACGAUGAUACACCUCAGCUUUCGGCUGCUACGCUAGCCGCGCUGCAAGAGUUCUAUGCGGAGAGAGACGGACUGGUAAAUGAAACAGCGGCUAACAAAUACUCAGUUGGAGCUAUCGAAGAGGACUGGCGCAUGAGCCAGUUUUGGUACAGUGAGGAGACGGCUACACGGCUAGCACAAGAAGUCAUACAACAAGCAGGAAAAAGUGGCAGAAUAGCAUGUUUAAGUGCGCCCUCUGUAUACCAGAGAAUAAAACAGCUGCAGACUGCGAAGUUCGAAGGGUCAGAGGGUGUGUCAGCUAUGGUGCUGGAGUUUGAUCGUCGCUUUUCUGCAUAUGGCGAAGAGUUCAUUUUCUACGACUAUAACAACCCCUUGUGCCUGCCUGAGGAGGUUGGACCACAGAGCUUUGACAUAGUCAUUGCUGACCCUCCGUAUCUAUCUGAGGAAUGUCUGAGUAAAGUCGCUAUCACUGUGAAAUACCUCACCAAAAACAAGAUUCUGCUCUGUACAGGUGCCAUCAUGGAGGAACAUGCAAAGAAACUCAUGGGUCUGAAGAUAUGCAGUUACAUCCCAAAACACAACAAUAACCUGGCCAAUGAGUUCCGCUGUUACGUUAACUACGACUCUCAACUCCUCUCGUGAGACAUCGUCGCGAUCUGUUUUUAGUGACCAGUCAUGUCUGUCUGCAUCUCUUCUCUGAAAGCUAUAGCUUGGCACAAUAUGUAU